AGCGGAUGUGGCGAAGAGAAGCGGGUCCCCGCGACGAAGUAGCGACACUCAGUCCUUCCUCCAUGCUCAGUCGCUGGAACCGACCACACGGGCCACUUUUCAGAGAAUACCUCGUACAUUCCAAAAAAAAGCUUGACGAAGUGAAAAUUUAGCUCUAUGGCUUUUACUGACAUAACUGGCAACACUGGUCUCACAAGUCACAAAAAGAAGAAAUAAAUAUAGGUUAUGUUAUUUUAUAAAAAUGUCAUCCUCCGUUUCAGUAUUUUGUUGUUUAAAAGGCUGUUUAAAUAAUUUUAAGUUCAAUUCAACAGUACCCCAUUUACCAAGAGAAAAUCCUAUUCAACUUGAUACUGCUUUUAUGGGAUAUGAAGUGGUUGUAGUAAAAGGAGGUUUAAGAGUAUGUGGCUCCGGAGCAGUCCUAGGAAAUGCUCCUUUAGUUCAAUCAAAGUCUUACUUUGAGGUCAAAAUUCAACAAAGUGGUUCGUGGUCAAUCGGAUUGGCUACACGACAAACUGAUCUCAGUCUUACCCAAGGUGGACAAGAUGCAUUUUCUUGGGCUGUGAGUAAUGAUCAUUUAGUUCGGCAUAACAAACAAGAGUUGCAUAAAAUAAGUUUAACUAGUCCCGAAGAAGAAAUAGCACAAAUACAGGAAGGGGACAUUAUUGGAGUAGCAUUUGAUCAUAUUCAAUUAAAAUUUUUUGUUAAUGGAAAAGAAAUAGACCACACUGUAUCUAACAUUAAAGGAACAGUUUAUCCAGCAUUAUAUGUGGAUGAUGGAGCAAUAUUAGAUAUAAUUUUAGACAAUUUUAGCCAUUUGCCACCAUCAGGUUUUGAAAAAAUCAUGCUUGAGCAAUCUCUACUUUAAUCAUGUAGUUUAUACUAGCUUUAUUUUAAAUGACAUUUUAAUUGAAGAAAAAAAAGGCUUUUUUAUAUUUUUUUACUGUUAUUAUUCUUUGUAAUUUUAAUUUAUUUGAUUGUAUUUAAGACUAAUAUGGACUGUUUUAUGUAUUUCUAUAAAAAUGUAUAUAAAUGUACAUUCCUAGUGUGGAUGCUGUAUAUAUGAAAAUCUUAACGUUAUUAAAAAUAUCUUAAU